AUGUCAGUGGCAGCUCCUCCUCAGCGGCUUCGUGCUUGCCAGAGGUGCCGAUCCCGCAAGACCAGAUGUGACCACACUCUCCCGUCGUGUCUGAGCUGUGCAAAAGCUGGAGUUCCGUGUAUGAGCGAUGAUAAGGCUUCGGGACGGACUUUGACGAGAGCAGAGGCGUGGGCGUUGGAGCAGAGAAUCAAAACGCUCUCGGAGUCGAUUCAGGCACAAGAUAAUAUACCCAAUUCGACCGAAGCAAUGAAGAGUUCGGCCGAUUGCGAGCCCACCGAAUCCAAGAAGCGUAGGCUUUCGGAGGACUCGCUGAGCAGUGAAGAAUUGGAUUCCGGAAACGAGGGUGAUAACAGCAGCCAUUACAACGGAUUGCAUCUUCUUGGAUCGGUUAUUUCGGACAAUGGCAGCUCCCACGUGAGUGAAGACAUCAGAAGAGAAAUUCGACGAUACUCUCACUCCAUGACCCCUCAGGGAGCUAGAGAAACGUUCAUUGCUACAGAAAACUUGGCCAUAGGAAAGUUGGGAAGAGACUUCUUGAAAGCUCUGCGGAAAAAUAUUGUCCGCAACAGGGCUACAGAUAUCACUGCUUACAAUAUGUCCAUCUUGUCUAGAGUCUCAAGAAGGUACUUCUCAUGGUUCAAUAGUGCUUACCCGGUGAUGCACGAGAAGCAAUUUAGUGAUCUUCUUCAAAAGUGCCAUGACUCUCCCGAUAGUGCUUCUGCACUAUCCUUAUUCCAGGUAAGAAUCGUCAUUGCCAUCUCUCUAGCAUCCAUCAGUCGUCCUCACCUAUCUACAUCCGAGCUAGGUCACAGUUCCCAUGCCUUUUGGAAGUCAGCGACCAGACUACUAUCUCGUUCUAUAAACGAGGCGUCAGGCAUUGUUCAUUUACAGAUAUCUUUGCUUCUUUUACAGUACACGCUUCUAGUGCCCAAAGCAGGUAAUUUGUGGCAGCUAGCUGGCUCUGCCAUGAGGAUCGCUACAGAGCUAGGUUACUACGCUGAGCCCACACCAGGUAAAAACCUUGAUCCGCUCACGCUAGACCUUCGGCGUCGUCUCUUUUGGACGUGCUACUGCAUUGACAGAACCCUAAGUACUAUCAUGGGGCGUCCAACGAGUAUUCCAGAUGCGUGGAUCACCGCAGAAAUGCCUUCACUUGUGGAAGACGCCCUAAUCAGGCCCGAUGGCGUUCAUCUGGGACCAACAUGCCAUUUAAAAAUUGCAUCGAUUCAUCAUGUACAUAUAUGCCGAUUACAGUCGGAAAUACAUGGAAGGCUAUAUGCUCCAGGGCACAACCCAGCACUAGACCCAGAGAGUCUCUCGAAAUGGACAUGGCACACGUACGACCAACUAAGAGCUUGGCGUCUGUCUCACUUAUACCCGACGCCUUUAAUAACAAGGGAAUGGACUGAAUUCCAAUUUCACAUAGCAGUCGUUCUUCUACUAAGACCCUCUCCGAACAGGGCAAACCCUACUCUUGAGGAAUUGCACGUUGCAUUCCACUCUGCUGGCCAGGCUAUGAACCUCGUGAAGAUUAUGCACCGUGAAGCCUCUGCAGUGUUUGCCUGGCUCACUGUUCAGAGUCUAUUCAUGUGUGGAUUAACGUACAUUAGGUACUUGCGUACCCUUUCUAAUGCUAAUCAAAUUCAAUUGUGCAAGCCGUUUGUUGAGAUAAUCCUAGAGGUGCAAGCGUGCUCCUCGAUGCUUGAAACGCUAGCAGCUUUGGAUAGUGGUGACCAUGAGCAAAUUCGGAACGUGUUUGAAGUGGCGUCUUCGAAUGUGCUUCACGAAUUGGCCAACUCGUGCAACAUCACUAGUCAGGCCAAUAAAGGCAAUGUCUGUAUUUGGGAUAGGCUUGCAAAGUCUAGUAGUCCUUCUUUGCAGCGACCCAUCAACAUUCCGGGCUGCAGCCCAGUUGAAUUACAAAGAGAAACGAAUAUCCAUCUAAUUUCAAAACUUCAAGAAAGAGACAAUUCCUUACUUGACGAUGAUCAUUUCUUCCAUCAUGACGUCGAUGCCUACCCUUCUUCGGGCUACUCACAUCGACAAGACAAUUCCAAUGAUUUACAUGUACCUGCAAACCCUCGAUCAUGGCGCCAAUCUGAGGAAUUUACAAGUGUGACUCCCUUCAGAGACUUUCCUCGAGACGACGGUCUCGAGAGAGGAUUUACUUCUCAACCAACUCCGGGUCCGUUUGCAUCUCCUAUGCAAGACAGCAUACACACAAGCGGACUUGUGCCCGAUAUUCCCGAUGACACAAGUGCCGAUUUGGAGAGAUGGUUCCUAUACCCAAUCUAA